AUGAUUGAUAAGAUCGAUAGCUUCCUCCUUUUUAGCUCUUCCAAUGUCUCACUCGCUUCUUCCAAGACCGACACCACCACCGACGCUCUGGGCGACACCAACCUCGCUAAAGAAGGAUUCCAAACGGUCUCCUCGAGUGAUAAACUCUUUGAAAAUGUCGACCCUGCCGUAGAUGGGGAAGACUGCUUGCAUGACUGCGCAACAUGCACGGUCAAAUACCCCGCCAAAUUCGAUGUUGAUCACCAAGACGAACUAUACGGACAGGUCAAGGGUUGGUCGACGCAUAUGCUCGUUGCGACGGGGAAAUCAGAUUGGGUGAGGGACGUGGCAGACGAGGAAGGGAGUGUCAUGGAAGCGAUUGAAAAGGGUGGACUGGAACCAAGCAAUGGGGUAUGA